AAAGAGGGGAUAAGAAGGGAUAGACAUCUCUAUAGUAACCGAUUCAGUGUUACAUAUAUGCCCUAUGAAGAAGUGCAUUCUUUCCAAAUAUCAGUAAAGAAAUGAGUGAGACAUCAUCAUGGAUGGAAGAAAGAGUCCACAAAAAAGCAGUUUGCAGCACACUGACUCCCAUACCAACACCACUGUGGAUAUAGAUUUUGGUGAAAAUGACAGCCGGAUGAGAAACAGCGCUUCCUUUAGUAAGGGGAGCAAAGAAUCCACACAGCAGUGUUCCUCCCAACACAGCAGCACAAACGGACUCUCUACAUUCUUCCUUCAUGGCAAUGGCGAACGCUACGAAGACUGGGGCACAUGUAGAUCAGUUAGGAAAAGCAAAACACAUGAUUGUGUCAUGGGCAUGGGUCAGCACAGGGGCCAUGGCACCAUAAACCAUGAGAGAGUAAAUCCCUCUGUUAGAAGAAGAGGGAGGCUUGUAAGCAGCAUUAGCUUUUCCGGAUUCGGAAUUGCACAAAAUGGUUAUGCAAGACUCCUACAAGACAAUGGGAGCACGCCCAACUAUGGCAGGCAAAUUAUUGAUUACAGGAACUUUGCCCCUCAAGUGCCUUUUGUGCCAUCCAUUGCCAAAUCCAUCCCUAAGAAAAGGAUUUCGCUAAGGAAACCCAAAAAGGGUUUCCGAGAUCUGUUUAGCAUGAAAAGGCACAGACACGAAAAGACAACGUCUCCAGGGAUCUCUGAAAAGGAGGCAACCUUGGAAGGGCCGAGAAGACAUUCAAAACAUCGUGAGCGCAUGGCUGGAAAUGCUACGUUGCAAGAAUUCUCGGGUAGUGACCCCCUUUUGGACUCUACAUAUGACUACUGCAGCACCUUCUGUGAAGAUGUUGCUUCUCUGAAGAGUUUUGAUUCCCAAAUGGGCUGUGGAGAGAUAUUUGCUGAUGAGGAGCACCAUGUCCACCUGGACAUAGAAAGACAAAAGGAUUCUGGUAAAGACCAUUGUGAACUAAGAAAGCCAAGUCCUGUGGUGGAAUCUUUCCAAGGAGGUGUGGAGCAGCUAGCAUCUCCAGCUCAGACAGAGGUCAUAGACUUUUUAGGCUUGUGGGAAAGUGUGCGUAACACAGGAAUGUUAAAGCAGGAGGCUAGCACUGAUAGCAGAAUGUUGAAUACACCUAGUUUGCCUCCUACACCAUUAAGUGAAGAUCAGAUGAAUUCUCCUUACGACUUGCAACCUUCCCCUGAGGAGACUGCAAGUGCAGUUAUAAUAAUGCCAAAAACUGACAUUCAGGAAUCCAUUUCCACAAGCGAUGAAGGAUAUUAUGAUUCGUUUUCCCCGGGGAAAGAGGAGAACAGCAAGGAAUCCUUAACCCCUUGCACAUCCAUCAGGUUUCCAAGAGAUAGCUACAGCGGCGAUGCACUCUAUGAGCUAUUUUAUGAUGCUGAUGAACCUGGAAUGAGUCCCAUCUUUGAUGAUGGUACAUCUGUGUCAGAGAGUAUUUUAGGGCAGUCCAGCGACCUCCCAUUGUCUAUGUACAGCUUUCACGUUGGUGCUGAAGAAAACCCGGCCCCUCCAUCAGCUCUUGAUGUCAUCAGCCAAGAGGUCCUUCAGAGCAACUGGAAGGGCAAAGAGUGUCUCCUGAAGCUGUGUGACACAGAAAUAUCCCUGGCAAUGGGAAUCAUGAACUGGAUCAAGCAGAAAACCGACAAGAUGAGCUCAUCUGAAUUAACACACAAUGGCUCGGAAGAACAGAAAAGCAAUGAAUGUCAUAAUACCAUGGGGGCUUUCCCUGAGAUUCCCCAAAUCGCAAAUAAUGAAGCAUGGAAUGACACCAUGGAUUCAAUGAAAACCGAGGAGGAGUCAAUGUUCAAUCAGGAAAGGUCACCUGCUCCUGAUGUUGUCCCCUCUGGACUUGUUGAGGCUAAUUUAGAGUCUGACUUGUCUGAGCUGGAUAUCACAAGGGGGCAUGCAGAAACAGAGACCAAAUUUAUCAUUAACAACAGCCUCAACAUUUUAGAAGUAGAUGGAUACCAAGUCAGUUCUUUAAACAGAGAGCUGAAGAAGUCAGCAGGUUCACCUAGCACAGGAGCAAAUGGCAUAAUAAUUUUUGCUAUUGACAAGGAAUCAUUAUGUGAGACCUGCAGAAAAUCUGUCAAGCACAACUCGAAUGAAAUGCAUUUAUGUGCCUCAUGCCUAUCUUUGAUAGACCAUAUCAAAUAUACAGAACUACUAAACAGCACAAGUAACAAUGUUCGUGAAUCACUGCCUGUUGAUCUUGGAGGGACCCAUCCUUCGUUGCCUCUGGGGGUUUGUGAGUCCCCUAUGAGUCCAGCUGAAGAAGCAGGUGAUAUCACUAUUACCCAUCUUCUGGAGCAGUGUGUCAGCCAAGUGUCGUCUUUGAAAAUCAACAGCAGCAGCUGCAAAAGAUCUGAAGGGAAAAACCCAUUCCUUCUUUCAUUUGGCGAGGACAGCGAUGUCAACGAAGAGAAAGACCUAGGAUCUGAGAAGAAUAAAGAUGUGAUCCAGAACUUUUUAAAGCCUAAGAAAAACUGUUCGAAUAAUGCAGAUAGCAAAUUAUCACGUGCCAACUGGACUAGUCUUCAUGAUGGAAGUCCAGAGGUCAACAUUAUUGAAAACACUAUAUCAUCAAGUGCUAGUAUCUUUCAGAGCUCACCGCAGGAGCAAACGCAUCUGGAAAUAGGUCUGGUUACAACAAACAGCUUCAAUGAACUCAUUUUGGAGACACACCGGAGCCCUUGUUUGGGCAAUUCUGUCUCUGCAAACCCCAAGAGUGAAAAUGCAAGCCAACCUCUCCGACCCACUUAUCUCCCGCUCUCCAAUUCUGCUUAUUCAGAGUUCACAAACAACCUGACACUAGCUUUGGACCAGGCAAGGGUGGUGAAACAGUGCGACAAGCCAAGAAGGCACAGGAAGUCAUUGUUUAGUCGAGAUGGACCCUUUGGAUAUGCUUUGUCCGAUGAAAAAAAGGAGGACAGGAAGCGAAGAAUGAAGAAAUGAGCUACUCCGCAGUAAAGCAGUCUGGGGAUGCCUUGAAGCAGGAGCACUGCCAUUGACAGACUCACUGUAUGUCUGAUAUAAGCCAGAGAAGCAUUAGAAGGGUUUGUAUUGUCAUGGAGCAGGGUCCUGGAUGUGCUCAGCUUUCUGAAGAUCUCUUCAUGUUGGUGAUAAAAGUGAAACGCUCGUUCAGCCUCAACAGAGCCCCAAGGCUGCUGCCUGCCUGUAAGGAGUCAGAUGUAUGCUUUGAUCAGACAGUUAUUAUCUAAUACAUAUUUAAUAUAGUGGUGUUGCAAAAGCCAUGACCUUGUAAUGCGUCUGGCACUGUGAAGAGGUGAUUUUUAGUUGGUAAUUGUGUAUUUUAUUUUAUGUCUUUAAGGAGUGGUAACCAAUGCUUUAAAAUCUAUUUUCAUGAACUAUUAUUAUCACUGCCCCCUUUUUGUAGAUUUAUUUAUUUUUGUAUAAAUUUAGUCGUUGCAAAUUAUUUUUAUUAUUUUUCUCCCAAUUUGGAAUAGCCAAUUAUUUUAUUAUGUUCAGCUCACUGCUACCACCCCUGUGCUGACUCGGGAGGGUGAAGACGAACACACACUGUCCUCCGAAGCGUGUGCCAUCAGCCGACCGCUUUUUUUCACACUGCGGAUUCACCAUGCAGCCACCCAAGAGCUACAGCGUCGGAGGACAAUGCAGCCCUCGGGCAGCUUACAGGCAAGCCCGCAGGCGCCCGGCCAGACUACAGGGGUCGCUGGUGCGUGGUGAGCCGAGGACACCCUGGCCGACCUAACCCUCCCUCCCCCCGGGCGAUGCUCGGCCAAUUGAGCGCCGCCCCCUGGGAGCUCCCGUCCUCGGUCAGCAAAGGAAUAGCCUGGACUCGAACUCGCGACGUCCAGACUAUGGGGCGCAUCCUGCACUCUGCGCAAGUGCUUUUACUGGAUGCACCACUCGGGAGCCCUUAGGGAGGCUGUGUAGUCCAGUGGUUAAAGAAACAGGCUUGUAACUAGGAGGUCCCUGGUUCAAAUCCCAUCUCAGCCACUGACUCAUUGUGUGACCCUGAGCAAGUCACUUAACCUCCUUGUGCUCCGUCUUUCGGGUGAGACGUAGUUGUAAGUGACUCUGCAGCUGAUGCAUAGUUCACACACCCUAGUCUCUGUAAGUUGCCUUGGAUAAAGGCGUCUGCUAAAUAAACAAAUAAUAAUAAUAAUAAUAAUAAUAAUAAUAAUAAAGUAACCAAUGUUUUAAAUGUGUUUGUUAAUGAGUGACUAGAGAGCCUAUAAAUCAGUGGUAAUUAAUUUCGUAAUUAAUUAACAUCGGUGUCGCUUAUUGUAAAUCCUCAUUGGGUUCAACUGCACUGUACCAACGUGCCAUCUUCAGUGCACGGACAUCAUAAGCCACAUUACAAUAAAAAAUACAGCUGAUUUUAAUAUAGUUUUUCAUAAACGAACAAAGUACAACAGCAUGUGUUUAAAACAAAUACAUAUCUACAGUAUGUGCUUAUUGAUUUAAAUGAAAAACUAUGACAUACAGUGUUUGUCAUGGGCCGUGACAUAAAUAGUGUAAGUCCUGGUCUAUGCAGCUACUGUAGACCAUUGGAGUUGAACUGGAACAUUGGAUGAUCUAUAUAACAUCAUCCUUUAAAUCACUAACACAAUCCUCUGGCAUUGUACAUUUCUACUGACAGAUGUGCACUAAAGAGACUUGUGCCCUUUUAGAUGUUAGAUUUUUCUGACAUUUGUACACAGAUUCCGAUGAUCUCAGUGGCGGUAUCAGGAAGUAUCAAAAACUUCAAAUAUUUCAAAUUGAAAGGAUUUUUAACACAAGAAAGGUGGGGCAGUGAAAUUGAUACGAGUGCCAAUACGAGGUAAGGUAAAUGGAUUUGAAAACAUUGGUCAGCACUCCUUUAACUGUUUGUUAUGCACGUUCUGUAUCAUCCUCUACGCAGCAAUCAAUAUUUGUCAUGUUUCAUAAAUGCUCAGUUUGUCUGUAUUCAUUUUGUUUUAACACAUUAUGUGCUGACGCGUUUCCAACAGAACUAUCAAACAUAUUCUGAAGGGGGGGCAUUUGUUUAUGUUGGACAGUUUUGUUUGAAAUGAGGAAUGGACAACAAUUGGGGACAUGUAAUAAUAUAAUACAACAAAAUGGAGAGGAUAUUCAUACACAGUGGGGAAUUCAUAAAAGAUGUACUGUUAUUUGCAAGUGCUAUUAUUCCCAUUAAAAAAAAAAAAAGCAAAACUAGAAAUACAUUACUAGCCCUUGGAUUCAAUUCCUGGGUGUGACAGGUAGCUGAGUGGGUAUGUUAGGACAGGCGUAAUGUGGUGUAAAUCAAAAGACUCCAGUCCGUUAUGCCGUUAAGCGCCUUGGUUUUAUUUUGUCACACAAAGGAAACCAACAAUAAUGACGCCAGGAUACACAGCAAUGUGUAACCUGCUAAACUAAUAAUUAUAAUAACGCCGGGAUACACAGCGAUGUGUAACCCGACUAAACAAAGUGAAAAAGGGGUUGCAGUCCCAAAAAUAAACAAACAACAAAACCAAUCCGUCUUCCUCUUGUGAUCCAAAACACGGGGGGGGGGGG